AUGAUUAUCAUGAAGAAGAUAAAAGAUAAAUAUACUACCAAUGGCAAUGGUGACCAAAGUUUACUAUAUCAAGGGAACUGUUUUUUAGCAUCCUUUUCUGAAGAUUGUCCUUUCUUGCUAGCCAUAGGAGGCUCCAAAGUAAAUGUCAUGGUGGAGGAUGCCAUACUAAAUGCAGGUUUUCGUGAUACUUCCUUGACCUUAAGGCUUAACUAUGAUGUUGUUGAUGGUUUAUCCGCUAAGAGUGGCAAACACUUCUUUCAUAGCUCCUGCAAACAUCUCCUUGACAUGAUUCAAGGGUACCCAAAUAUUAUGGAGAUAUGUGGGAAGUUGAUAUCUGAGAAAAGAUCAUUGUUGAAUCAGAUAACUGAGAAUUGGUUGCCGCAGAGAGUUGAUUCUGGUUGUUUAAGGGAAGGAUACCCAUAUGAUAGUCUCAUGUCAUCAGUAGCCACUUAUAUUAACAAAAUAUUGUUUUGUGAUAUAGUUGGUCAGGCAAUUUUAGAACUUGAUAUGGACUCUGGGGAUGUCUCAGAGCUGCGACUUUCAAACUUUGAAAUCCUUGGUCUGCCAUAUUGGUAUUGUUACCCUCCGGAGAGAGUUUUUGUUAGUGGUAUUGCAAGUCAGAGACCAGGCAUUGAUCAUCGUCAAAGUUUUAGUGUUCUAUCAGGAAGAUGUGACAUAGAAGUGAAUGUGCAAAUCCCCAAGGAUACAGAACUUGCAGCACCGCUUCAAGAAGGAUGUAUCUGGUGCCAGGCUAGACGUUCUGCGGCCGAAGUCUCUGGGUCGGAGGAGGUUGCUACUUCUGCAAAAAAGGUUGGUAUUGCUCAACAGUGGUUUGAGGAAUUGGAUAACCUUUCCUUUUUGAGGGAAGAAUUGAGUGAAGAGGAAGACAAAAAUCCUAGUAAUUUUCACCAAGACAGCAGAGUAGUCAUCAACUGUGUGGUUAAUAUUUCUCCUGGGACAAGUGAGGUUGUCAUUAACGCCAUUCUAUAUUUGAAGCUAAACCGGAACUCGAAUUAUUCUGGGAACCAUCAGGAAGAAAAAGCUAACAGAAUCCUAGAAAAAUUAAACCCACAUCAUAGAGUUUCAGAGCAGCAAAGAGAUGCAUGUGUUCAGUUGAUGUUAGAAUCAAAGAGAGACCUGGGAGAACUAGUCUUUAUGAGACCUCUGCAUCUUAGGAUAGGGUUGGCAGGUCAAGACUGUCCGAAAGGUGAUACAACAAAUGAAAUUGUCCUGACAGACUCCAAGAUUGAAGUUAACGCAUCUCUCAGAUUAAGGGUUUCACAACAUUUUGCAAGGCGGAGCUCUGAAGGAAGCAAAAAGUGUGACAACAGUUAUUACCCGGUUGCUUAUAGAAGCAAUAAGUUUAGGGUAGAAAUUCGCUGCUAA